CCCCGCUCCGUCCGGAGCGCGCGGCGUCAUUUCCCGGCGUGCAGCGCGCCCGCGCGUCCCCCGCCCGCUAAUGUUUUGGCCGCUUCAAGAUGGCGGUGCAGGAGUCGGCGGCUCAGUUGUCCAUGACCCUGAAGGUCCAGGAGUAUCCGACCCUCAAGGUGCCCUACGAGACACUGAACAAACGCUUUCGCGCCGCUCAGAAGAACAUUGACCGGGAGACCAGCCACGUCACUAUGGUGGUGGCCGAGCUGGAGAAAACGCUGAGUGGCUGCCCCGCCGUGGACUCUGUGGUCAGCCUGCUGGACGGUGUGGUAGAGAAGCUCAGCGUCCUGAAGAGGAAGGCGGUGGAGUCCAUCCAGGCCGAGGACGAGAGCGCCAAGCUGUGUAAGCGCAGGAUUGAGCACCUCAAAGAGCACAGCAGCGACCAGCCCGCGGCGGCCAGCGUGUGGAAGAGGAAGCGCAUGGACCGCAUGAUGGUGGAGCACCUGCUGCGCUGCGGCUACUACAACACGGCUGUCAAGCUGGCACGCCAGAGCGGCAUCGAGGACCUUGUGAAUAUCGAGAUGUUCCUGACAGCCAAAGAGGUGGAGGAGUCCCUGGAGCGACGUGAGACUGCCACGUGCCUGGCCUGGUGCCAUGACAACAAGUCCCGGCUCCGGAAGAUGAAGAGCUGCCUGGAGUUCAGCCUCAGAAUCCAGGAGUUCAUUGAACUCAUCCGGCAGAAUAAGAGACUGGACGCCGUGAGACAUGCGCGAAAGCACUUCAGCCAAGCAGAAGGGAGCCAGCUGGACGAGGUGCGCCAGGCCAUGGGCAUGCUGGCCUUCCCCCCUGACACACACAUCUCCCCGUACAAGGACCUCCUGGACCCCGCACGGUGGCGGAUGCUGAUCCAGCAGUUCCGGUAUGACAACUACCGACUACACCAGCUGGGAAACAACUCGGUGUUCACCCUCACCCUGCAGGCUGGCCUCUCUGCCAUCAAGACACCACAGUGCUACAAGGAGGACGGCAGCUCCAAGAGCCCCGACUGCCCUGUGUGCAGCCGCUCCCUCAAUAAGCUGGCACAGCCCCUGCCCAUGGCCCACUGUGCCAACUCCCGCCUGGUCUGCAAGAUCUCCGGCGAUGUGAUGAACGAGAACAACCCGCCCAUGAUGCUGCCCAACGGCUACGUCUAUGGCUACAAUUCUCUGCUUUCUAUCCGUCAAGAUGAUAAAGUCGUUUGCCCGAGAACCAAAGAAGUCUUUCACUUCUCACAAGCCGAGAAGGUGUACAUCAUGUAGGCCCCGCGUCGCCAAGCGCACGCCUCGGGACGGCUGCGGCGGGCAGGGAGGCUGCGCCUUCCUCCCGCCCCGCGCUCCAGCCAGCCGCGGCGCUUCUGUUUCUUGCGACCAAAGAUCAGUGAGCAGCGAUAAAUACUCUUUAGGAAGAGCGGAAAUAAGAUUUAAUAAAUUUGUACUUGAAAACAACAUUUUGAUUGGUAGGAUUUUGUAACACGUCAACCAUUUGAUGCUUCUGAAAAGUACUUUCAACUUUUGAAGGAAACUCUUCUUUAAAGACUGACCUAAACCCCGAGGGAAACUUUAGAACGUUUCAAAAAUAGGAGUCCAUGGUUUCCCCGUGUUGUUGGUUUCCUCCCUUCUGCGAACGGUGAGACUGGGAGAAUGGGCUGGUCCUUUGCCACCUCCCAGUGCCCCCGGCCCAGCCUGGGAAAGGUGGCAGCGGCGCCGGACUGAGCUGCAGCGACCCGCAGUGCUGCGCCAUGAGGGACACACGGCUUCCUUCGAGAGCUGCUGCCGUGGGGGGCUGGCUUUGAGGACGCCUGCCUGCCUUCGGGCCGUGUCCGCGGGACUGUCUGCGUCUGUGCGUAGGUUCCAUGUCACAUCCCGUGUGCCGCCUUACUUCCUGCUUCGAGAAUGUAUAACGUGGAGAUCCACGGGACCAAGUUUCUGCAGAGGCCUUGCUGGACGGUUCCAUAACCGUAGAGUCGAACUAAUCCUGGAGUUGGGAGCACUGGUGACGUCUCAAAGCAAACGACCCACCGUAGUUCGCACAGAACCAUAUCGUAGAGGUUUGUAGCUGGCGCUUAUUUUUGCAUGUUGAUGUUGACUAGCCAAUAAACUGUGAAUGUAAACCACGGAAUAAAGUGGUUUCCUGUUUCUCA